UCCCAUCCACCACAACUCGGGGUCAUCGAUCCUGUCAAUAUAAACAAUCGCGGGUGAUCCAUCUUUUAACCAACCUCUCCUGGGUUUACUGUUGUGGUAGGUUUGGAUGGACUUUGCCCACUUUGCCCAUACCCUCCUCAUAUUCCCGUUUCUGCCUUUUCCCUCUUCCAACAUCCGCCCACCCCCACUCAUCCUGUUCCCUUCCUAUCCGGAUCGAUCCUAUUCACCCCCAAACAAGAGCAGCCGGUUGAUACGAUCAUCAAUGUAGUAGCAGUGUGGUAGCACCCGCUUUUGGACCUUUCCCAUCAUGCAAGCUGUCUCGUACGAACAGCAUGCGGCUCCGGGGGUGUCGCCUGCCUAUAGCGAUUAUCGCUCGCCUCAGGAGCCUUCCCCCAGGAGCUCGGUGCCUAAGAACGUCGCCUUCGAGCUGCUACUCGAUGAGAACUCUAAGGUGCGGGCUCGCAUACCUAUGCGAGUCCAGAUCUAUCCCCAUGAUACCACGGAUUCCAUUGUGACCACUGUCAAGAAUUUUUAUGGGAUUUACGAUACCACUGCUAGCGGGGUCAGCUUUGAGGAUGAACAGGGUAUCACCCUUAUUGCCAGGUAUGAGAAUCUCCGAAAUAAUAUGACGGUGUACGUGCGAGUCAUCCCCGUGCAAGCCUAUACUGAAGGCUACGGGGACCGCUUCUAUGGACACCUGCCCAUGGACGCUCGCAAGCGCCCGAGUCUGGGAGAGCCUUUCCAGAUGGCGCCGGCAAUGCAGGCGGCGCACAUGUUGGAGCAUGGGCAACCCCCAUCUCGGCCUGCCUCCCGGCUCGCUCGGAAGCGCAGCAUGUCACCGUCCGGCCGCAGCCGUCGCAGCGCAUCGCAGCACAAGCAGUCGUCGCGCGGGGGCAACAAGAGCCGAGGCUCCAGCACGCAUGGCAGUUUUAUGGAGGACGGAGGCUAUAGCGACAGUGAAGGCGGCUAUGGAUCUGUCUCGGGCGCCAAGAAGCCUCGUAGUGAGCAGUUGGGUAGCUCAGAUAUCAGCAUGGAGAACAUUCUUCAAGAUGGUCGCAGGAAGCGGCCGAAGUUUGAAAGCUCGGAAUUGCCGCUGUUCGCCCCUCCUCAGGUGCCUCUCACAACCUCCACGUCCUCCAUUUCCCCUCAGCGCCGGUCGAUCGGCCAAGAAGGAGCCGUCUCACCUUUUGCCCGCCCCACUCAGCGACCCUAUAACUCCCAACCACAACAACCCCUUCUUCCUUCUCCUCAGAGCUAUGGCCACAAUGAACAUGCGUAUAGCCUUCAUCAGGGCCAGAGUUCUGUCUAUGCCACGCCGAUGGUUCCUGAUCACGGACAUCGCCUGCGCGACCGGGCCACAACCCAAUCAUCGGGGCAGUACAGCAACAACUCGGCUGGUCGCAACACGGCUCCCGGGGUCCUCCCUACGCCCGAUCCAACCAUCGCGAGCUGCAUCUCCGAUGAGGAUGUGGCCAUGCAGCUGAUUCGUCUGGGCGAUGCUUCAAACUUUUCGCAUGGUCGUACAUCCGCAUCUACCCUGGAUGAUGCCUUCAGCGGCGCUGCGGAUGCUGCCUCCUCGACUGGCGCCACCAGCGAUGGUGACGAAUACAGCGAGGAUGAUGAUGAUGACGAUGAUGAUGAUUUGCCCUUACGAACCAAGCAGAGGCUGGACUCCAGCCCAAUGUUGCCCCCGGGUGCCAUGAAGCGCACCCACAAGCGAUUGGACGACAUUCUGCCAAGCUUUGACAGUUCUGAUGGCAGUUACGAUGGCUACGAUGAUGAGUAUAACCAGGAGGACAGACACCAUGAUCACACCAUCAAGAACGAGAUGGACGAUGAUUCUCUUUAUCACGAAUCGGCUCCCAAGUCUAAGAAGGUCAAGGUCCGCGCCGGUAGCACGACCUCGACCAAGGCCCGUGGGUCCAAGUCGGCCCCAGUGCGCCCAAGCAAGACAGCCAAAGCGACCACCAAUGGUGCCGUGCGCAAGGCUAAACCGACUCCCACGGUGGUCACUCAGAAAGCAGCGGUGUCGCCAGUCCUGGCUAGCCCAGCGCCCGUCCGCAAGAGCUCGACCUCGUCUGUGACCCUUCAACACCAGCACCCCCACCCACUGGCUGCCGAUGAAGAGGAUUUGUCCACCAAGCCGCGUUGCCAGCGAUGCCGCAAGAGCAAGAAGGGCUGUGAUCGGCAACGCCCUUGCGGCCGAUGCAAGGAUGCUGGGAUUGGCCUUGAUGGCUGCAUCAGCGAAGACGAAGGGAACGGUCGCAAAGGCCGCUACGGUCGUCACAUGGGGGUCCCCGUGAAGAAGACCGUUGAAUCUCCUCCUCAUGGCACCGAGGCCCAAACUCUGGUGGCUACUGCCGCCCCUAUGCCUUCGUCGUCGUCGUCGUCGUCGUCGUCGUCGUCGUCAUCGGCUGCUAUCGCCGACAAGAACAAGAAACGCAAGCGCUAGACCCAUCCUGUAUCCGGCAUGAGGAUGACGGUCCUGUUGCUUUUUCUAUCUCAGAUACACCUUUGCACCUGCACCUGUUUGUCCAAAUAUCGACUUAUAAGCUGUGCCUGGAUGGCUGC